CUUGGGAGGUAAAGAUUCAGAUUUGUGUGUCUGUACAUCCUCCUGUUCCUGCUGCUGCUUCAGUACUCCAAGACCUGUGUCUGGGUUGGACCCUGGGGAGUCUUGCAACUUCAAAUAACCCAGCAGCAACGUCAGACCCAGCGCCCUCAGCUCAGUGACCAGAGGAUGCUCUACCUACGUAGCUGGGCUCCUGAUCCCAUCAGCAUCUCUGAGGAGACAGGCUCACUGCCUAAGCUGUGAUCAUCUUCAAACUGUCAAAGUCAGCUGCUUGUCUUGACGCUGAAAGAGUUUAAAAGAGCUGAGCAGCAGAUAAGCAGGCAGUGGAAAAGCAGCCCUGGUCUGUGAGAGGAGCUCCGUGGGUCUGUCUGAAGAACAGAAUCAGGCAGCAGCAAUGAGCUACCUGGAUGAAGUUCCUUUCCGGACGACCUGGAGCCUUGAUGAAGACACUGGGGGAGAAAACACUUUAAUCACCGCCCCAGACAUUGAGCUCCCUGACUGCACUGACAUCCUUAUGAGCACCCUGCACGACUUCUCGCUGGAAAGAAAAGCACUUUACUGGGUCGAGGUGGCAUCCCAGCAGCAAACCUCCCAGCGUCCAGUCACCUCUGAAGUGGUCCCCACAGCUCCACCAUGCUGGCUGCUGCUGGUGGACCCUGCUGAGAGCUGCGGGGGCCGCGCGCGGGACGGGGCGGUGCGGCGCUGCCUCAGCCUCUGCGCUGCCGACGGCGGCUACGGGCACGGCCGGGGCACCGGGUCCGACACCGAGAGCGAGACCUGGCACUCGGAUGAGGACGAGUACUCGGAGGAUGAUGAGUACUCCUCUACCUCCUGGGAAGAGAGUGACAAGGAUGACAAGGCUUCCAGGAGGAGACCCGCUGGGAGAGGUGUGUCUCUACAUCCUAGCUUUUACCAGACCCGACCAAAGACAUCACCUGGUUUGCUGGAGCCCCCACCGGAGAACAACAGCCAUAGCCCAGCCAGCCCAGACCUGAGCAAGCAGAAAAGAUCCAGGGUGAUAUUUAACAACAUGAAGAACGAGCUGGAAGCAGCCAGGAGGAAGUUGGCUUCUUUGGUGCAUCCUUUGAACAGAGCCACCUUGGAAAGCAGAGGGGUCCCAGUGCCUCGGCCGCUCCCUCAGCGCCCCAGCACUGGCUGCAGCAUCAAGUACAGGCCAGCCCCAGGCACAUUCCACCAGGGGACCAUGGUGCCAGCCAGGACCAGGCUGAUCCCCCCAGUCAAACACCAUAAACCCACGGUGCCGUCCCUCAGCCCCUACACCUGCCUCCCCCCUGCCUGCAAGCCUGCCUCCACGCCUGCAGAACCUCUCAGUUCCCACAGAUCUCAGCCGGAUUCGGCGGCUGACCUGCUCUCGGCGCUGAGCCAGGAGGAGCGAGACCUCAUCGAGCCCGUGGCAGCCUUGGGCUACUCCACCCGCAAAGCCAUCCUCACCCUCCAGAAGACUGGAAGGCAAAGCUUAAGUCAGUUCCUGAGCUACCUGAGUGCCUGUGACCGGCUGCGGAAGCAGGGCUACGAGGAAGGGCAGGUGGAGGAGGCCAUGGAGAUGUUCCAGUACUCAGAGAAAAAGGCAGCUGAAUUCUUGCACUUGUUGGCUCAGUUUAAUGAUAUGGGUUUCCAGCAAAAUGAAAUCAAAGAAGUUCUUUUGCUUUGUGGGAAUCAGAGGGAGAAGGCACUGGAAGAGCUUGUGAUGAAAGCCCAGUGACCAGCAUCCUGGACCCCAGUCACAGCUUCUCCUCUCCAGACGAGACCACCAAAGGCCUUGGGUGGGUUGACACUUGCUGACCACAAACCUGCAGAAAAUCCACCGUGGUGUCUCAGCUCAUUUCAUGGACAUUCAUCACAAGUGUGUUCAUCACUAUACUAGGGCAAAGGCUUUCUAGCAGGAGUGUUUCUCUCUCCACCCACACUUCUCCACCCUUGAUCAUCUCAGCUGUUCAGAUCAGAUGCAAUUAAGAUCUGAACCGCCUUCGGCUUAGAUUUUGCAAAACUCAAACCAGAGUUUCUCCCCUCCAUCUGGGGAUAUGGGUGUUGUGUUUUCAACUACAGUCAAAUGUGGUUUCUUAAAAGGAUUGUAUAAGUCCCCAGAAGAGAUUGUUCUCACAAAAACUGAAAGCUCCUGCAGAAACAUUUGGUGGUCCUUGCUUGGGAAGAGUCUCAGCUGACUUAGUCACGGUUGAAUAUUGUAACUGAAAUCCAGCCUGAUCACAUUAGCUUCUCCUUUUAAACCAGAAACUUGAGCUAAAUACACAACUCUGUGAGGAUGAGGAAAGAAAACAGGCUGCCCUUGCUCUAGAAAUACAUGGAAUUUUAUCCAGUGCAGUGAAAAAUGUCUUACACAAGGAUUUGUGCUCGGGAAACAUCAUGAAAUCAGAACAGAGAUGGGGAACGGCUUGGCUGCCCUCGUGCUCUGCCCAAAUCAGGAAUAUUCAGGGGAGGCUUCCCUAAACUGUGGAGACAGUGGCUCCAAAUGAGGUUAAGCAGGAAGGUCACAAUCAGGAAAAUCUGAAUGCCUGAGGGACUUCUUGUACCUAACUGAAGGACGGAGAAUGGGAGAUGCAAAUCACAUGGAGUGUGUUUCUUGGCUUGGCAGUGGAACACUGGACAGGGUUUUCACAUAAAAGUACAUUAUUUUCCUCUGAAUUAGAUACAGAUGUAAUUUCUUUGAGUAAAGAUGGUUGGAGGGGUUGUUCUGAAA